AUGCUCUGGACACCUCUGUCACUCUGCUGCCGCUCCAGACCCUCUGCAGGAGGCUGGCAGCCCCUGCGUUUUGAUGGCGGUGCCUUCCAUCUCAAGGGAACAGCGGAGCUGGCACGGGCUUUGCUGGUGCUUCGAGUGUGCGCCUGGCCCCCCCUGGUCACCCAUGGACUAGCGUUUCAGGCCUGGUCUCAGCGCCUCCUGGGCUCUCGGCUCUCCCGCACGCUUCUCCGAGCGUCCAUCUACGGGCAGUUUGUGGCCGGGGAGACAGCAGAGGAGGUGAGGGAUUGUGUCCAGCAGCUGCAGGCCCUGGGACUCCUUCCCCUGCUGGCAGUGCCCACAGAGGAGGAACCAGACUCCACUGCCAAGACCAGUGAAGCCUGGUAUGAGGGGAACCUCAGAACCAUGCUGCGCUGUGUGGACUUGUCGCGAGCUCUCGUGGACACCCGUGGCCCAGCCAGAAACAGCCUCAUGCAGCUGAAGGUGACAGCACUAGCCAGCACCCGGCUUUGCAAGGAGCUAUCGGCUUGGAUCCAAAGGCCAGCAGGCUCCUCGCAGCUGAGCCCCGAGAGGCUGGCAGAAGCCAUGGACUCAGGCCAGAACCUCCGGCUCUCCUACCUCAGUGCAGAUCAGAAUCAGCACCUGCAGGCCUCUCUCAGCCGCCUGCACCACGUGGCCCAGCAUGCCCGGGCCCAGCAUGUGAGGCUCCUUGUGGACGCUGAGUAUACAUUCAUCAACCCUGCCCUGUCCCUGCUGGUGGCUGCGCUGGCCCUGCGCUGGAACAGACCCGAGGAAGGCGGACCCUGGGUGUGGAACACUUACCAGGCCUACCUGAAGGAAACUCAGGAACGGCUGGAGCGGGACGCUGAGGCCGCACACAAGGCGGGCCUGGCGUUCGGGGUGAAGCUGGUUCGAGGAGCCUACCUGGAAAAGGAGAGAGCCAUGACGCAGCUCCACGGGAAGGAAGAUUGCACUCAGCCUGACUAUGAGGCCACUAGCCGAAGUUACAGCCGCUGUCUGGAGCUGGUGCUGCGCCGCGUGUCCCGUCACGGGCCCCCGUGCCACCUCAUGGUGGCUUCCCACAACGAAGAAUCCGUUCGCCAGGCGACCAAGCGGUAUGAGGCUGAGGGCGGGGAAGCCAGCGCCCCUAAGAAGACGGGAACGGGUGCCACUGCCUGUCUGAAUCGAUGUGACCCCUUCCGCAGCAUGUGGGAGCUGGGCAUCCCCCCGGACGGCCCCGUCUGUUUUGGACAACUUCUGGGCAUGUGUGACCACGUCUCCCUGGCACUAGGACAGGCGGGCUAUGUGGUAUAUAAGUCUAUCCCCUAUGGCUGCCUGGAGGAGGUGAUUCCCUACCUGAUUCGGAGAGCCCAGGAGAACCGGAGUGUGCUGCAGGGUGUCCGCAGGGAGCAAGAGCUGCUCAGCCAAGAACUGUGGCGUAGGCUGCUGGGAAGGAAGGUCUAAGGGCUACUCCAUCAGCACCAUCGGGGCCGCGUGCUCAAUAAAGGUCCCAAGACUCUG